AUGGCACAACUGCAGCUGGCGACGUUACAGCUGUCGGAGAGCUCGAAUGACAAGUGUACCACGGUGGCGACUUCCAGCCAGGGCGAUCUGGUGGUCGAAACCAACAAUGUCAAGUGGUUCAAGUCCGGCAGGUUGUUUCGCAGCUUUUGUUUCGACGACCAGGAGGUGAUUUACGCGUCGUUCGUGUCGUUCGAUAGCGUGGGACCCUCCGACGAGAAUCACGUGUCCACGGUAAUUGUUCUGAAAGACAGCAUUCACAUUUACAACGAGUUCAGAGGCACUUCGGUACUGUGGUUGCCGUUUGUGGUGACCAAUGCUCUGCAGUUCGCCAAGGGCCUCAUUCUCCAAAGAGACACUCGACGAUCUGGCAAGUCGCUUAAUGGACCGCGAUUUCUCACUCUCAUUGACCCGCUCAUGGACUUUGGACUGGUAGUCACUACAGACCUGUCUUCCAUCUCUCCCAGUGAAUGUCUUGUGAGUGUGGCCAGAUCGCCCAAUUCGUCAUUGUAUCUCACACACAGUCCCACAGACGGCCGAUUCGUUAUUUACCACUCCCGGCAACUUACACACAGCAAAAAGUACUCGAAAACCAGCCGCCACAGCUCUACUAGGCGCAGAUCGAGCUCAAUCUUCCCCAGGAGUGACGAUCAGCUCAGCGACAAUGACAUGAGCACCAACCUGGAAAACACGCUGGCGUACUCGCGUGGCGAGAAGGCGAUUGCAUUAGACCGAAUGAGUUCUGGAGGAGACGCCGGCAACGACGGAGAGUACACGAAUUACGACUUUUCAUCGUUAAGAAAAGAUAUCAUGCUCACCGAAGUCAAGGCUAUCGAUACUGAACCCGUGCAGGUGAGCGAUGUGGUUGCGCAGCAACUAAGCUUCUUUGACCGCGAAGCUAUCGUUAUUUUCAACCGAAAGACGAAUGUGCUGCAGGUGCACAUGUUUGUCAAGGCAUCUGGACCCGUGGAACGACCCCAGCCAAUCGAUGCAGUCGAGUACCACGUCAAGGAUCUUAUCAUAAACACAGAUUGCUCGGCAGCUGAGGGAUGCACCAUCCUGGUUCGUGAUUCGAACGACAGGGUUGUUCUUCUCAAUCCAUUUGUCGGAGUCAGUGUCCCUCUCGACAUUUGCUGCUCAAACUCAGAGCAGCUUUCCUGGUCGGGCACCAACCGUGUUAAAUGUGGUUCCAUUGAUAAGUUGCUUGUUCUCGAGCCCAAGACCCACCUCAUGAACAAUUGUCUCAAUCUCUUGAGCAUCUUCUUUGAUGGGAACAGCUACGAGAUCCUGAGACUUCGGUGGGCCCUUGCAUACUCGCAGUUUUACGGCGACGAGCUCACUGCGUUCACUACUGUUGUUGCCAGUGUCAUUUCCGAGUUUUCCUCUCUCUCUAGCCUGGAUGAGGAGAAUGGCGAUUCGUCUCAGAUCACUUUUCAGAGCAGUGUAUGGGAUUGGGUGGCUGAGAGCACGCCUAAAAAACGCAGCCCAGUCUUCACCAGAAAGGUGGUGGAUACUGCUCACCAGCUGGUGGAGGAGCUUCCCAUUGACUCGAGCAUCGAACGGGUCACUUACUUGACUCUGGCACUGCACAUUUUCCGAGAGGAUCGCAAGCUCGACAUUUCCUGUUCAGAAGAUGUCAAGUGGCUAGGUGAACUUGUGGGUCAACUGGUGACAUCUCUGAAAUGGCCUGACUCUUGGUGUCACUACUACGGCGUCGAUAUCAAUCAAGGUGGUGAGUAUUUCAAAUAUGGCAUGUUCUUGUCUACAAUAACUAACACAGAACAAUUUGUGCCCCCGCUGGCUGAGCCCCCGAAUCUGCUGGCUUCACUUGCGGCUCUUUGUUACAAGGUGGAUACUGACUAUGUGUGUCUGUCAGCUCUUGUUGGAGGGGAAUCCACUCUUGAUGAGGAACUCACUCCCUGCACACAGGUGGCUAUCAAGGCGUUUGAGCUUCUGUCCAUGGAUCUGCCAACUGCCGAAGACUUUGUGCACCUUCUGAUCGAGGCUGGUCUCACCAAACAGAUGCUGGCUCGGUUCCCCGAGGGUGUCGCCAUCCCCAUUCUCAAUGUGAUUCACAUGUGCAAGUCCGAAAGUCCCAUUUCAAGUGACCCGGCGUUCCUGGAGCUCAUUGAUAGAGACGAUCUGGCUCGCGUGGCUCAGGGGGUCGAGCAUGUGAACCUCAAGCCAGUUCAAUCUGGCACUUCUGGCGGAGCUCGUGAGAUUCAGGGUAUUCUUGCAUCACUGAACAACCCCGAAGCUACCAGUGCGUGGGACGAACAGGUUGAGGCCGACCGAGUGGCGGUGGCUAGACAGGUAUUUAGCAGUGAUAGACGGUUCUACGAGGCGUCCAAGCUGCUUCAGACAUCCAAGGUGCAGUCGACGACCCUUGUCAUCCCCCCUGACUGCAACGAACAUGAGGCUCUGACGUUGCAAAAGGAGGUGGCAAAGACCAUCGCUAUGCGAACAUUUACUGUUCCUCUUGGUCGAAGUUCGCUGUUCUUCUCUGCACGUGUUCCUCUCACCACCGAGCGGUUCCCCAUUCCCAAACUCAACUUCAACGUGUUGCUGCGACCAGACAAUGUCACUGUUCCCCUCGAUAAGUCACUGUUGAGUGAAGAUAGCACCGCCUGGGGAUACUUCCACAAUGGUGUGUCUUCGGGCUUGAGUGUCUCUAGAGGAGCUCGCGACAUUAGCGGCAACUGGGUGGCGUUCAACCGACCCCAACAGCUGAAUGCUCAACACGCGGGCUUCCUUUUGGGUCUGGGACUCAACGGACACAUGAAGAAUGUCGAGGAGUGGCACAUUUUUAACUACCUCGGCCCAAAACAUACUCUGACGAGCAUUGGACUGCUCCUAGGAAUGUCUGUGUCUCUAAUGGGCACCAUGGACGCCAAACUCACCAAAGUUCUCUCUGUCCAUAUUGGUGCUCUUUUGCCUGUGGGCUCGAAUGAUCUUAAUGUUGGUGGUUCCAUGCAGACUGCUGGUCUCGUUGGUAUUGGCUUCUUGUACCUCGGCUCUCAGCACCGUCGAAUGACUGAGAUGCUUGCUGGUGAGAUUGGAAGAGAUGCUACUGAUGGAGAUGUCAUUCUCGAUGAAGGAUAUCGUCUAGGAGCCGGUAUUUCGCUCGGUCUAAUCAAUCUCGGUGAAGGGGAGGCGUUUAGCAAGGGAGCAACUACCUCCAAGCUCAUUUCUCUCGCUACUCCUAUACGAGACAUCCAGAAUCCCAACUUCCUCGAUUCUCCCACCUCUGGAGCUAUAUAUGCGCUCAUGCUCAUUUUCAUGAAGACCAACAACCAGGGCAUUGCAUCGAAACUAGUUCCUCCAGAAUCGGAGCCCAUGUUGGAGUACGUGCGACCCGACCUUUUGCUUCUACGAGCUCUUGCUGCCAAUAUUAUCAUGUGGGACCAGAUUGGCUCCAGUGUGUCAUGGGUCGAAGGCCAGAUCGCUUCUUCGCUGCGUCGAAAGUACACGCUCAAGUCGAUCAAGACGCUCAAUUCCGAUAUGCUCAGUUACAUGAACAUCAUUGCUGGUAACUGUUUCGCCUUGGCGCUGAAACAUGCUUCCACUGCCAACGAGCACGCCAAGUCGACUCUGUUGCAUUAUCUUGAUGAGUUUAUGCGUCUGGCGACUCUUCCUACUGAGUCCCAUGACCAGAAACUAACUCAACUUGGAGUGAUCAACACCCAAGAUUGUCUGGCUCUAUCACUGGCCAUCGUCAUGGUUGGCACUGGUGACCUGGAUACUUUCCGGCGUCUCCGAAUCCUGCACGGACGAGCAGGUUCAGAAGUGCCGUAUGGCAGCUUCAUGGCUACUCAUCUGGCCAUGGGUACUCUGUUCCUAGGAGGAGGCCAAUUCGCAUUCGCUCGCUCGAACCUGGCCAUCGCAUCCCUACUGAUUGCCUUCUACCCUCUGUUUCCGUCUUCCAUGCAGGACAACAGAAGCCAUCUGCAGGCUCUUCGGCAUUUCUGGGUGCUUGCAGCCGAGCCUCGAUGUCUGAUUGUCCGAAACAUCAGCAACGGCCAGAGUUGUUCCGAAUCAGUCACCGUCACGCUCAAGGACGGACCUCCCGUUGUCUGCCAGGCCCCCUGCUUGUUGCCUGAACUAGACACGAUCAAGGCACUAGCAAUCACGGCUCCUCAUGUUCUUCCUGUUCAUAUCGACUUUGAGGAGAGCCCCGCGUACCUGGAGUCGUUCAAGAAGACCCAAACCAUCUACGUGAAGAAUGUGUCUGACGAAACCAGCCAUAUCCCUGCUGGUGUAGCUCUCAGAAGCGACAGCGAUCACUUUGAGGUCAACAAUGACACUCUUAGUGGCAAGCUUCUCAGGUUGCAGGUGUUCCAAAAGUCUGCCAACCGGGACCUGGCCCUGUUUUCCAACCACGCUGCUUCCUCGGCUCACGUGGGCAGCUUGGCUCCUCUUCUGGCUGACAUGCAGUAUACGCUGGAGUUGACGGCCACCAACCCCACCCUGUUUGAUGAUAUGUGGAAUCUGAGACUGCUGAUUGCCCACUACAGUGGAAUUGACUCGUCUCAGGCGACCUUCUUGCCCCCGGUAUGUGUGGAGAAGCUGAAGUUGCUGCUCAGAGGAGCCAGGGCUAAGAUGGUUAGCUAG